UACAUCUCUGAUCUCAGAAACUCUCUCUCAGUGACUACAACGAGGAGAAAUGUCUCAGAAAGGAGCUCAGCUGGACCUGGACUCCAUUUCCUGUUCGAUAUGUCUGGAUGUGAUGAAGGACCCGGUCACUAUUCCGUGUGGACACAGCUACUGCAUGGGCUGCAUUAAAAACUACUGGGAUGGAGAGAAACAGAAUAAAAAGGAGAGCUGUCCUCAGUGUAGGAAGGCCUUCACACCCAGACCUGACCUGGUUAAAGACACCAUGUUAGCAUUCCUGCUGGAGCGGCUGAAGAAGACUGGACUCCUGGAUGUUGAGAGGACUGAAACACAGAAAGAGCUGGAGGUGAGUCGACUGAACAUUCAGAAGAGGAUCCAGGACAGAGAGAAAUAUGUGAAGCUGCUUGAAGAGGAAGAGAAGGCUAUCAACUGUUCUGCUAAUAAAGCAGUGGAGCACAGUGAGGAAAAAUAUACAGAGUUGCUCACAGCGAUGGUGACCAUGAGAUCUAUUAUGAAGGAGCGGAUCAGAGUCCAACAGGAAACUGAAGGAAAUCAGGUCAGAGCUUUUCAGAAGAAGCUGGAGAAGGAGAUCUCUGAGCUGAAGAGCAGAGACGCUGAGCUGAAAAAACUCUCACAGGAAGAGGAUCUCAACCAACUUCAACAAAUCUACGACUCCCUGCCACCUCUCAGUGGAUCUACAGACACGUCCAGCAUCAAACCCCGCCCUCUGGGAUACUUUGAAGAAGUGACAGCAUCCGUGACAAAAGACCUGAAUAAACUUCUGGACAUUGUGAAGGAGGGUUGGUCUGGAAUCGCUCUGGCUUUGAGUGAAGUGGACAUGUUACUGCCCAAACCAGAGCCCAGAUCCAGGGCUGAGUUCAUCCAAUUGUCCCGUGUUAUCACUCUGGAUCCAAACACAGCCAACAGACGGCUGUUGUUAUCUGAAGGGAACAGAAAGGCAACAGCCACGGAGCGACAGCAGAUGUACUUCCGUCACCCCGACAGAUUCGAUGUUCACACCCAGGCCCUGAGCGGAGAGGCUCUGACUGGACGCUGUUACCUGGAGAUGGAGUGGAAAGGCCUUCAGGUGUGCUUCAGCCUCGCUUACAAGAGCAACGAGAGGAAAGGGCACCAGGAUCCGGCUGCGUUCGGACACAGCGACAAGUCGUGGUCAUUGCAUUGUGGCACUAUCUAUUUCGCCUUAUGGCACAAAGGGGAAUCCACUGCCGUCUCAGGUCCUCUCUCCUCCAGGAUAGGAGUUUACCUGGAUCACAGUGCAGGUGUUCUGAUCUACUACAGCAUCAUCGAUGGAAAAAUGAUCCCGGUCCACAAAGUCCAGACAGCCUUCACUGAGCCUCUGUACGCCGGAGUGGGGCUUCAUUACGCUUCAGCAGAAUAUAUAGAGUUCAUUAAACUACAUGAAGUCCUUUGAGGGACUGUGUGGUUUUAAUACUGACUCGUUACUUUGAUAUCUCAUCAGCUUGAUAAUCUUUAGAUGCUACUUCCUCCCGUCUAUGUUUACCUAUGGGUCUACCAUGGGGUCAUUUCUCUGCAUCGAAAUGAAAACAAACUGCUCUUAUCAUUUCAAGAAGUAUGUUUUGAUGCAUUUUAUGUAGGUGUUUCUUACACUUCAGCAGAAAACAUUGAGUUCUGUAUGUGUGGUUUUAAUACUGACUGUCGGUGGUUCUUUGAAAUCUUCUCAUCUGUUAGGUAAUGUUUGAUCGUCUUUUAGAUGUCUAUGUUUAGCUAUCUACCACAGGUCAUGACGGUGUUUGUUUUGAUGCGUUUUAUGUAGGUGUUCCCUACUGUUCUGUAAACUCACAUAGAGGUCAUUUAAAAGGACAAUGGGUUACACUCUGUUUUUAAUACUGACUACUUAUGUUGGGUAUUUCGUUGAAUUCUUCUCAUCAGUUUGGUACAUGUUUAAUCGUAUUAAGAUGCUACUGUUAACUCAUGAGUUAUGGUGUUACUAAAACCAACAUUUCUCUGCAUCAAAAUGAAAAUAAACUUCUCUUAAAAUGUCACAAAGUAUGUUUUGAUGUAGCUGUUUCUUACGAGUCCUUACCUGAGUAUAUAAUGAGUUCUGUGAACUUGCAUAGAGUUCAUUUAGGAGACGGUGGGUUAAACUCAGUGUUGGAAAUCUCAUCCGUUUGUUUUAUGAUUGAUUGUUGUAAGAAGAGUGAAGCUCAGAUAUCAUUUUCUGUACACACCCAGGGUUAAACCAUAAUGUGCAACAGAGGAAUAAUUAUACGUACUUUGCUCCACUGGGACUCCAGCAUAUUAUCAUAUCGUAUUGGUGUCCAUCAACAUGUAGACUUAUGUCAACUUACGGUCACAUUUGUGAAUUCUCAAAGCAAAUAUUAUACUGUUCUCUAGCACCACCUUCUGGUCAGUAGAUGCUACUUCCUCCUGUCUGUGUUUAACUGUGGAGUUUACCACAGCUCCUUUUUCCUAAACGGACAUUUAUCUGCCUCAAAAUAUAAACAAACUGCUCUUAAAAAGGUCAAGAAGUAUUUUUUAAGCAUUUUGUGUAGUCGUUUCUCUGUGACUGCAUGGGACACUCAUCUGUUCUUCAGUCUUUU